AUGUCUCGUAGGAUGUUGAAUGAUUAUGAAAUAUUAGAAGAGUUAUUGAAGGAUUCAGAUUCAGAUUCAGAUUCAGAUUCUGUUGAGGAAAAGGAACUCCCUUCUCAAGAAGAGGAUUUAUCAUCAAACACGAUUAGAGCUAAAUGUGGUACGGUAUGGAAAGUAAUAUCUCAAGCAGACGAAGAUUGUGGAAGAUUUUCUCAGCAAAACAUACUGAGGGAAACUCCUGGCCCCACUUCUUUUGCAAAACGUCUUGUACAAAAAAGGAGCUACAUGAGUGCCUUUUCGAUACUUAUAGAUGAUUUUAUCAUUGAACAUAUCAGGAAAUGCACUGAAGCUCAAGGCAGAAGAGUCUUGAAAAACGAUAAUUACAAAGUAUCUCGUGAAGAAAUUCUAGCAGUAAUUGGAAUCAUGUCUGCUCGUGGGAUAUUGGGAAAGAAUCAGUCAAUUGAUCACUAUGGUCAAGAAAAUGGUCCACCCUUUUUCAGGGAUACAAUGCACGUCACAAAUUCAAAGAGCUAA